AUGUCCAUAAGCGAUGAGGCUCUGUUGCAGUACGUUGGACAGAUCGUUCCCCAGUCCUUCCAACGUGGCUUGAUAGUUUUAAGCUAUGUCGUGUCUUGCGUCGGAGCGGUUUUGACGCUUGAGCUACUCAACAAGCGAACUUCCCGCAAUGGCCUAGCCAACCAUCUCAUCCUCGUCAGUGCCGCAAUAGCGAUGGGAGGAAUAGCGAUCUGGUGUAUGCAUUUUGUCGGCAACCGAGCAAUCGUCUUAGCUCACAACGAACCUGAACUGCGCAUCAACUAUUCGAGCGGCUUCUCUGCGCUUUCGUUCUUCGCGCCGGUAAUCGUACUUCUUGUAACUUUCCUGGCUAUCGGUGCAAGCUACAAGGUCUCCUGGUGGCGGAUUUGCUGCGGAGGAAUACUUGCUGGAACCAGCAUAUCUGGGAUGCAUUAUCUAGGCAACCUUUCCAUCGAAAACUACGAUUGCGUAUAUAACGCGGUGUAUGUGACGGGAGCAGCCAUCAUCGCCAUAUUCGAUAGUACUCUGGCCUUGUCACUAUUCUUCGUUUUCAGAGCAUCUUGGAGGAAUACAUGGUGGAAGAGGUCGUUGUCGGCAUUCGUUCUAGCUGGAGCCGUAUCGGGAAUGCAUUGGGUCGCAGCCGUAGGUACCCAAUACCGUCUGCUACAUUUGGAUGAGCGCGCCCAAAUCACCCAUAGCCAGGAUCUCAAAGUCGCCACUAGCUUAUCGGUCAUUGCUGUCUUCUUCAUAAUAGGAUCCAUCAUCUAUGAAUCAUGGCUCACGAGGCGCAAUGCGAAUAAAGCGCAACAGAUCGUUUUAGGGGUUGCGGUGUUCGAUAAGUCAGGGAGGAUCUUGGUGAGCCCAGAUGGCUUGCUUCCUAGUGAGAAGAUAACGGAUACUUAUGUGGAAAGAACCCAAGGCGACAUAUUUAAUAUUUCGAAUCCCCUUUUCCAUUGGAUGUUUCAAGUUUCUCGGAACUGGAACAGCGUGAACGGUAUGAUUGAUGGCAUGACCGGCCACUUGGCACAUCUUCCGAAGGGUAGCCGAGAUAGUAAGAUUCGCCUCAUUACUGAUGAUGGACAACCUAUCGAAAAUUACGAUGCUAUUUUCCGAGAAUUAUUCUGCGUUGCUGCAGCGAGUUUGGCAAAUAAAUUGAAAGAGCAGCUAACCGACGUCGGAAUUUUAUGGGACGAUAUCCUAGCUACCGGAGCAAACCAAUUACCUCAAAAAAUCGACCAGAGCGUCGUCGACUGUACCCUAGAAGAAGGAACCUACGGCCAAUUUGGUGGAGGGCGCGAAAAUGGGAUUAUGCGACAACAUGAAUAUGGGCGUGGUUCGCUCAUGUUUCUUGUUCGCCGUCUCGAACAUACCCAUGACGUGAAUCGACUUGAGGCCGCCGGCUUCCGGUUUGCAGAGAUUCACCAGGUGUGUGGGAUCAUUGGAUCACGCAUGCAGAUAAAGACGAGGGACCUGAAAGGUAAACUGACGAAUAUGGCAACUUUUUCUGAGGGGAGCGCUGUGAUGAGACCGGGCGUACACUUAGGCUUCUUCGGUGUUAAAGCUCGAGUCGGAAGCUUUGGGUUCGAUAUUGUAGUCAAGAAGGGCACUCGAAACUUGCUGCCGACCAUGCCGAUACCAAUCGAACGUCUCGAGGCGUGGCAGAUGGAAAUUAUUCGGCACCUCGAUAGAAUGAAUGUUCGCGCCAUCUUUCACCUUCUUGACGAGUUGAAAAUGCUGUCUCCCCGAGAAGUACUCUUCGCCUCUCAAAUGUACGACGCUCUCCAAUCACUUCGUGCUUGGAUAGAUGAUCCCAUCGUCGAUGAUGCUGUAAUUACAUCCAAGGUGGUCCAAGUCCCUUGUCGGGCUCAAGCGGGAUCAAGCUCGGCUAAAUUCUGCACGAUGAUUUCUCUUUGUAUAAUGAUGCCAAUUCACGUUAGCGCCAGCAGUCCGAGGUGCGAAUUCAUUCCUUUAAAUUUCUUCAAAGUCCACCAGAUGGCGUAUAAGGAUUCGCCACAGUUAGCUGCUUUUGCGCGAUACGUGCAUCGGGAAUUAUCUCCGAUCGCGAAUUCGGCGCCGGCUGAACCACCGAGAGCAGUGUACCAACGAGCCGGACGAGCUAUCUUCUCGCAAAAUCGCUUUGGUAUUCUACGUCGUCUCGGAAGAUCGAAUAUCAACAACUAUGAUGUUAUGGACAGUAGCUAUCCGGACCAAACCCAGUCAGGUCGAAGGUCUUCUAGCCAUGAUUCGGAUCACAUCGGCUCUACGAUAAAGCUCUGCAACCAAGACUCUCAAUAUCGAGAAAGGUUAGGCAGUGAUGCAAUGUCCGAUAAAACGGGGAUAUAUCAGUCUUCUUCUUUGGCUGGUUUAGGUGGGAUUAUGGUGUCUCAAGAAAUCCAGGUAGAUAUAAGCCAAAUCGAGGAUUCAGGAAGAAAGUUGUCUAUCCCAUCGAAAGCCGUUACGAGCACAGACCGGGUGACGAUGGUCAAGGCUGGAGCGGGUUUCGAUUUCGAGAUGGAUGUUUUACCCGGAAUAGAGGAUACACGGGCAGGGGCACCCUUUGGCUCGGUUGUAGCUGAACGCGAGAAGGUUAACGAAGUAAUUACAUUCGUUGAUGAGCUCUUCGCUAUAAGAUUGAGGCGGAUUGCCCUUCCAACCACAAUUGCCGCGGUUGGUGGUGGUGCUAUUCUUUAUUCAUACCGACCCCGAAAUAUUCCCGGCUUCGAAGGCCCUGCCGUUCCACCUCCCAUCUACGGCGCAGAUGGCACAUUUAAACUUCCUCGGUUUCCUAGUAGCAAUGGGGAAGAGCAGGAAUAUGAUAUGCUUGUAAUUGGCGGCGGAGCUACUGGUGCCGGUGUUGCCUUGGACGCUGUUACUCGAGGUCUCAAAGUAGCAGUUGUUGAGCGAGACGACUUCAGCAGCGGCACCAGUAGUAAAAGUACCAAGCUCGUGCACGGCGGUGUGAGGUACCUGGAAAAGGCUCUAGUCAAAGAGGCCCUCAAGGAACGAAAGUAUUUCCUACAGACCGCUCCCCACCUGAGCUCGUGGCUACCAAUUAUGUUACCUCUAGACAAAUGGUGGAAAGCACCGUACUACUGGGCCGGUACUAAAUUCUACGAUUUCCUCGCCGGCAGUGAAGGUAUCGAGAGCUCCUACUUUUUAACUAGGAGUAAGGCACUCGAUGCAUUUCCCAUGCUGAAGCAAACGGACCUCGUCGGUGCCCUAGUAUACUACGAUGGUGCUCACAACGACUCAAGAAUGAACGUUUCGAUUGCGAUGACCGCGGCGGUAUAUGGAGCUACCAUAUUAAAUCAUGCCGAGGUAACUGGAUUGAUCAAGAAUGACAAGGGCAGACUUUCUGGUGCCCAGAAAUCCGAGCCGAUUACUAUUAAGGCUAAGUGUAUUGUAAACUGUACCGGCCCAUUCACCGACUCGAUUCGGAAACUCGAUGACCAAGAUUGUAAGGAGAUUGUCGCGCCGGCUUCCGGUGUUCAUGUCAUCUUACCAGGUUACUACAGCCCGUCGAAUAUGGGACUCAUUGACCCAUCGACGUCGGAUGGAAACACAAUUGCGGGCACAACUGACGAGCCUACCAACAUUUCCCCAAAUCCGCUACCAGAUGAGAAAUCAAUUCAGUGGAUCUUGAACGAAGUUAGCCACUAUCUAUCUCCGGGUAUCAGUGUUCGUCGUGGUGACGUGCUUGCAGCUUGGUCUGGAAUUCGCCCACUUGUCAAAGAUCCUAAGGCCAAGAAUACCCAGUCUCUCGUUCGCAACCAUCUCGUCGAUAUUUCUGACUCCGGUCUCGUUACGUGUGCGGGUGGAAAAUGGACGACAUACCGACAGAUGGCGGAAGACUGUGUGGAUGCGGCUGUUAAGGAAUUCAAUCUCCCUAUCAGGCCCUUCAUCAACGCACCACGAGUUAGUGGAACCGCAUAUGUAGACGAUGGUGCAAUUCUAAACGGAACUUGCCAAACUCAUAAUGUCCGGUUGGUUGGUGCUCAUGGUUUCAGCAAAACUCUGUUCAUCAACUUGAUCCAACAUUUCGGCGUUGAAACAGAGGUUGCCAAGCAUCUCACUGAGAGCUAUGGCGACCGAGCGUGGACGGUUGCGGCUAUGUGUAAACCCACAGACCUGCGAUUCCCCGCACGAGGAGAGCGCAUCUCUCGUCUCUACCCCUUCGUAGAUGGCGAGAUCAGAUACGCUAUUACCAACGAAUACGCUCAGACUGCGGUCGACGUCCUAGCACGAAGAACCAGAUUGGCCUUCCUAAACGCCCAAGCCGCACUUGAGUGUCUCCCUAAGAUCAUCGAUAUCAUGAGCCAGGAGUUGAAAUGGGAUCGGACAAGACAAGAACGGGAGUGGAAAGAUACUGUUGCAUUCUUGCAAUCAAUGGGCCUGCCAGAGCCGAUGUUGACCGCAACGAGGGCACAGGUCGAGAAGGGUAAGCUCGACUUCAGCUCAUCGCUUGAGUACAAGAUGUACUCAAGGCACGAUAAGCCUCCAGUUGCAGAGGAGUAA